CUUGCCAAAAUUACUGCAUGAUAACUUGACUUUAUCCCCCCCUUUUGCCGUAAAUGCUGAGUGGAUAAGACAAAAGAUACUUCACGCAAAUGCUGAAUAAAUGAAAAAACUUUACAAUCUCUUUUUCAUCCUUUAUUUUAUUCAUAGUACCAUUCUUUUUUCAUUUACCUAAAAAAAUCCAAAACAAACCAAAAUGCAGAACAUGUUUAACCUUCGUGUUACUCAUGGUGUUCCUCUCUGUCUCUCAGGAAUCACCAACCCUCUUGCUCUUUCCAAAGAGAUGGAAGAUCAUGACCGUAGAAGAAAAGCUAUGAGAAAGCAAAGAUCAGUGCAUGCAAAUCAAGAAAAGGGUACUCAAAGAAACAAUGAUGAUUUUGUGGUUGAUGAUCAGGAAGAUCUGAAUGAAAUCUUGCAUCAAUUAUCUAGUACUUAUCUCACAGGUUUAUCAGCAAAAGCUGCUUAAUUAGAUUAAUCACUUUCAUUUUCUGGAUUAUGUUGUUGGUGUAGAUUUUUAUUUAAUGUUAUUUAUUAUUACUAUGUUGUUUUUGUAUGAUGUAAAAACAUCUCUUAAAUUAUCACCUUUCCUUUGUUCUUUGAUCCAUUUUCUGAAUUGUUUAUAUAUAGUGAACACUCCUAUACAAAUUUUUGGUUUUUUUUUUUUGUUGGUUAUGUAUUCAUCAGCCAAUCAUUUAAUGUUAUAUUAAUUUUUCAUA